AGAUUCAGUUACAAUACAGAGUUCGUCUGGAACGCAGCGUUCUGGACCAUUCGCGUGUCUGUUUGCACAUAAAUUCAUUGAUAAGAAUAACAACGAUGGCGAUGUAGAGCGAGCGAGAAUGAUAAAUUGGAAAAUUAAAAGCUUGUAGUGAGUUAGUGAGUCUUGCAAGGAUUAACCAGCGAGCGUCGGUUGAAAUGGCCAUACUUUCAGAAGGAUACAGUGCCUGACCGGAAAAAUGGAAUCACGGAUUAUCAGCAGUCUUUUGGGAUUAUUUAUUAUUCUGCCCUACAUUACUAGCGAUGAUUUAGGACUACUUUCCAGCACGCUGCGAGCAUUUCGACGAACGGGUUGUGAAGACGACCUGAUGAAUCUAUCCUGCCCGAUCGGCACCAGCAUCAGCGUGGAACUCGUGCAGUACGGCAGAACAGACGAAAAUUCUUCGCUGCCGUGCACUUUUACUGACAGCAGCCGAGAUAGCCACUACUCUCCAGAGGCAUCCACGAUGGUAUCGGACAGCCCUUUCAUCUUAGGCAAUGUCUCACUGGCGCUAAUGGAACCCAGUUUAAACGACACCAUUCUGUCCGAUAAAGUGAAAAAUAAAUGUACGCAGCAUUACGUGCUACAGUACUCCAUACUACAAAUCGUAGUCGAGGCUUGUCAGAAGAAACGGAAAUGUACGUUCCGGGCUACGCCGAAGGCCUUCGAUAGCGUUCCGUGUCCGGGCAUACACAAGCUAGUGGAAGUGAGCCACAUAUGCCGACCGUUUGAGUUUCGGAGCCUGAUUGCCUGCGAGAAGGAUGUGAUUCGAUUGGCCUGCGGUCGUUACACAAGAGUUGCCAUCUAUGGUGCCAGCUACGGUCGCACGGCAUACGAGAGCUCUCACUGUACCCAGACGGCAGGCUCCAAGGAGGAAACCUGCCUGUCGCCCCACACAAGUCACACACUGACAGAGAUCUGCCAGGGGCGACGAAAAUGUACAGUAGCCGUAGAAGGAUCCACCUUCGGUCAACCUUGCCCGGAAAAUGUUCGGGUUUCCCUGAAAGUUGUUUACGCAUGUGUAUCGCGCAACGUAUUCCGGGAUCGCUAUAUCACGCCACUAGAGGAUGAUGAAAUGGAUGAACAAUUCGAGCUCAACGAGCUGUACGAUGAUGAAUUUACUCCCGCCCCCAAUCAAGUGGACGAUUCAUCCAGCAGUGGUCAGAUGAGCCAUAAAUUUGCCGACGAACUGGAAGCAACGGUGAAGGCUGAGAAUAUUCUCACACAGAGUAAGGAUGCUAAAACCAACAACCAGAUCGAUAAUCGCCUGCUAGUAAUCGUCGUUCUGGUAGUUUUCUUUGGAUGCUGUCUAUCGAUCGGAGCUUUGGUGGCUUAUCGUAUGAAAUUGCUAUCGUCAACAGACCACGCCUGCAUCAAAUAUUCCGAAUCGAGCGAUCCGCAGCAAUCCAGCACAAACAGUAAUCCGCAGAACGAGGACUUCAGUCUGGUUGAAUGCGUUGCGGAAACUGUUCCCGUUGCGGUUAAGAUGAAGCAACCUAACCUCGAGCAUCCAUCAUCGUCCGCUACGUUCCUUCCGACGUUUAAAGUUUUUAAUCACUCCGAUGCUCUUCCCCAGAUAUCGACCACAAUGUUCAUCCUGCCGAAUUAUAUAGUUAGUGAGUCCAGUUUACGGGGCAGCCAAAAAGUCUCGACAGGCCAACCGGGGACCGAAAAUCUGAGCUUGGCCGUGACAGAUGUAGCAGUUGUUCCCAGUACCGGUGUUGAGCCGUAUCCGUGUGCGGUGACCUCCUGUGUUCAGUGUAAACUUUUAAGUUGGCAAGCCGGGACAUCUGCAACGAAUGCGGUCGAGCAGAAAUCUGCCUUUCGCUACAAUCAAUCAUUCAAAACGUCUGCAAACGAGCGUGAACUUUGCCAACACAAUUCUUUUUUAUGGCUGGGCUUGAGAGUCGGGGUGAUGUAAACUUGUAGGGUAAAGCUGUCAAGAUUGAUUCGUGCACUUGCUAGGGUUUAUCUUUAUCGAUGUAUGCAUCAAUAUACCAUUUCGGUUACGUUCCAUCGGUGCAUGAUAGCAACGAUGGACUCACUCUCAGCUCUGCUAGACACCAGAGAUCGUAAUCCUCUUGGCAGCUUUACCCAUUCAAAACAAGUGUGCUUGCUGUGAGACGAGGAAGCAAUUUGAAGUUUGUAUCCAGAAACUGAUACGCUAACACCGUAUGCAAAUAUGUACCGCAUAGACGGGAUGAGAACAAGAAGAUCCAGCAUGUCAAUUUACGUGCUCACAACUGUGCAUCAUCACCACCGAGAGAAAAAAAAAUAAAAAAAACUGAAACCAAGCGAAUGUCAAAUCGUAUAGAUAUAGACCUAUGCAUGUCGAAUAAAGGAAACAUCGCUCUAUCAUAUAGAGUUUUUCAUUCAGAUUCUGGAAAAGUGUAGCACAUACUUUUUUGUCUGUUCGAUAUGUUCAUCGGAAAAGCCAAGCGAACUUAUUUUUCUGCAAGACUUCUCUUCUGUCAAGCGACAUAGCGAUACGAAGAGAAGCUCGAUAUAAGAAGCAUUUUAUUCUUACAAAAAGAAAAACAAAUCUGUCCAAUAUAACAAAGUGUAAAUAAACGAAUAAUAUUAUGCACAUUUCUCAUUUGUGAACAAAAAUAACAUAAAAA